AUGUCGUUCCCGGUACGUGGAAAGAAUGCUGUCGUGACGGGUGCCGGUUCAGAGGCAAAAUCCUUUUACUGUGUGUCUGGCGAACCUGUUGACCAGAUUGGCCAAACCGCUAACAAACCCGUGUGUCCGCGUGAGGUAGGAAUCAACCUGGCAUUCGCCAAAUUACUCGCCAGCAACGGGGCGCACGUCGUCGUUGCCGAUGUCCAAGAGACGCCCGCCUUCAAGGAAUUCCAGAAAGCCACCACCACGACCAAGGUGCUCUUCCACAAGACGGACGUGUCGAGCUGGAAGGACCUGGAGAGUCUGUUCGCCUUUGCAAAGGCCGAGUUGGGCCCGAUUGACGUGCUGUCCGACGACUUCAAGUCUACUAUAAAGUAUCCGUGUUUAGACACUCUGACUAACCCUUGCGGAUUUGUCCUGGUGCGGGAAAAACAGGACUGGUCUAGUUUCUGGAAAGACACGGAAACGACCAGCUACAAGUCGAUCGACAUCAACGUGCAAGGGCUGAUGAAAGGCACACGGCUCGCGAUUCGCGACCAAAUCACCCGAUCGAAAGGCCGCGGCGGCCACGGGGGCGAGACCGUGGGCGUGAUCCUCAACAUCUCGUCGCUGGCCGCGCAGUACGCCCUCUUCAACCAACCCCUCUACGCGACCUCCAAGGCCGCCGUGUCGGCAUUCACUCGGUCCCUCGCGCCGCUGCACCAGGAGUUCGGGAUCAAAGUCGUUGCCGUCGCGCCGGGCAUGGUCAUGACGCCGCUGUGGAGCGAGAGCCCCGACAAGAUGAAGGCCAUCUCCGACGACGACGUGUUUGCCACGCCCGAAGAGUUGGCCGAGACCAUGCUCCUGCUCGUCGAGAGCGCCGAGUACGAGGGCGGGACAGUCCUCGAGAGGCUCAAGAGUACGACGAGGAGGGUCUUGGUUGAUAGCCCAUUGCCAUCGGGCCCGGGCUCGACCAUGAGUAAGAUGGAACUGAUCUAUGAGGAUACCAUUGCUCUGUUGGAGGCUGAGAGGAAAGGAGGGGUCACGAAAUAG